AUGUGGAUUUCUCAUCCAGGAUUUAUGAAUGUGGUUCUUAAUAGUUGGAAUGAAGAAAUAAUUGGAGACGCUGCUUACAUGUUUCAAGGUAAACUAAAAAGAUUAAAGAAGGUUCUUUCGGAUUGGAAUUGGAAUGAAUUUGGCAGUAUUCAUGUAAAUAUCAAGGAAGCUGAGGAAAGAGUUAAAGAAGCCAUGCUCAGGUCUGAUGACAAUCUUUUUAAUGAUGACAACUUAGUGGAAGCACAAAAUGAUCUUAACUCCAAAGAAUUCCAACUCAGUACCAUGUUAAAGCAAAAAAAUAAAAUUAAAUGGGUAAAAGAAGGUUCUGCUAAUACAGGUUUAUUCCAUGCCAACCUAAAGAUUAGACAAGCAAGAAAUUAUAUCACAGAAAUGGAGGACAACAAUGGAGAAAUCAUUUCAGAACAAAAAAAGAUUGAUGAAAUCUUAGUCAAUCACUUUGCGGACAAAUUCAAGUAUCAGGAUGUUGAAAUUAAUGAAGAAUUAUUAGAAGUGAUACCAAAUGUCAUUACUCCAGAAGAUCAAGAAAUGUUGGAUGCUUUACCAACUGUAGAAGAAAUCAAGCAAACUGUCUUUGAUAUGGAACCUGAUAGUUCUCCAGGCCUAGAUGGCUUUUCAUGCUGUUUUUAUAGAGCAUGCUGGCAAAUAAUUCAAGAGGAUGUUGUCAAAGCAAUCGAAUUCUGCUGGAGAAGACAGUUUAUACCAAAAGUGGGUAGAGGAUUGAGGCAGGGAAAUCCUCUCUCCUCCAUUCUAUUUGUUCUUAUGGAGGAUGUUCUGAGCAGAUGUAUCACAAAAAUGGUAGCUGAAGAUGAUGUUUUCUUAUUCUGCAAUGGAGCUAAGAGAAGCAUUAAAAACUUAAUCUGGUUGUUGGAGGAGUAUCAAAGAAGUUCUGGACAAAUCAUAAAUAAAGAUAAAAGUAAACUAUUCAUUAAUGGAACUUCUGAAACAAGAAAAGCUCAGCUCAAAGGACUUUUUCAAAUGGAAUUAAGUAAAUUUCCUGACAAAUAUUUGGGUGUAAUUUUAUCAGCUGGUAGAGUUAAAACAUCUGCAGUUUGGCUUAUGGUGGAAAUGCUUCAAAGGAAAUUGGCUUCUUGGAAAGGGAAACUUCUUUCUUUCCAUGACAGCAAAUACACAAUUUUGUCAUGGAAAAAAGUCUUCACUCCUUACAAGGAAGGGGGUUUGGGAAUUCCAAGGCUUGAAAUUAUGAAUAGAGCUCUUUUAAUGAAGAUGAUCUGGAAGAUCAUUAAUUCUGAUGAGGAAUGGGCAUUGUUCUUCAGGGCAAAAUAUCAGAACUCAAAUAACCAAUGGACAAGUAGUUGGAAAUUAUCUUCAGUUUGGCCUGGACUCAAAUGGGAUUUGGAAGUCUUGAAAGAAGAUAUAAGAUGGUGUGUGCGCAAUGGACAGGAAAUCUCUUUGUGGUUUGAUAUUUGGUUAGGGGAAUCUCCUUUAAUUCAUCAAUUUGGCAACACAUACUUUGUCAAGAACAACAUCUACAUGAAAGUAGCUGACAUAAUUCACAAUGGGGUUUGGAGAAUUCCUUUAGAACUGCAAAAGAUUCUACCUCUCAAUAGCUUACCAGAAGUUGGUGGUGGAAAUGAUCUCAUGAUCUGGAAUGGCAAUAUUAAAGGUAACUUCACUACUUCUGCUGCAAUUGAUAAAAUAAGACAUAAAGAACCAUUGUUGCACUGUUCAAAAUUUAUUUGGAAUUCCUUCCUGCAUCCUAGCAUAGCAAGAAAUGUGUGGAAAAUAGUACAAGGUAUUUAUGCGGACGAUACAAAAAUGCUUGAAAAAGGGUAUGACUUGGCUUCCAGAUGUUGUAUUUGUGAAGCUAAUCAAGAUAGCACGGAUCAUCUGCUCUGGGAUUGCAACUUUAGCAUUGAAAUUUGGAACUGGAUUUGUUUAAUUUUUGAAUUCCAACCCCCCAAGUAUUUUCAAGAUAUUUGGAGAAAUUCAAAAUCAAAAACUCCAUUGGUUAAGGAAGCAUGGAUCACAGCAGCUUGUGAUAUUACCAGGGAUCUAUGGUUUCAGAAGAACAAGAGAAUAUUUGAAAAUACUAAGCCUAACAUUCAAAGCUUUAAGUGCAGAAUUCAAAAGACAGUCUUUGAAGGUGGCCUCAGGAUGAAGGGGAACAAAUGGAGUCAGAAUUAUGAUCUUCAAACAAUACAAUUCUUUAAAUUGGGGACAAGAAAUAUCAAAUUUCAGAAGAUCAUUGUUUGUUAUUGGAACCCACUAGGAAUAGGGUACACGUUAUUCUGUUGUGAUGGUACAUCCAUUGGAAAUCCAGGUGCUGCAGGUUUUAGAGUUCUUAUCAGAGAUCACUUAUGUCAGGUGUUGGGGGCUAUGGAAGGUGGAAUUGCAACAACUACCAAUUAUAUUGCUGAGGUAUAUGCAGUAGUAUGUGCAGCUGAGAUGGCUGUAAAAUGA